GAAAGUGAUAUUUUUCCAAAAAAGAAAAAGGAAAAGAAAACCGACCGGAUCCAUCGCAGUUACAUCAGACCUUAGACCGCGCACCAAAUCGUAUUGGUAAUAACCAUCGUUUACGCGAGCUCCGAUCUCCGAAAUGGCGGACGAGGUGAACAGAGCUACUUUCUUGGAAAUUCAAGGUCGCAUGAUUGAAAUUACUGGAAAGCUGAAGCAGUUGCAAACCCAGAUACGAAACAAGGAGGGAGAGAAGAAGCGCGCUUUUUUGACCUUGGAGGAACUUAAACAGUUGGCUGAAGACACUAAUACAUACAAAUCUAUAGGGAGAACGUUUGUUUUAGAGUCAAAGUCAGUUCUAAUGAAUGAGCAGGAGCAAAAGUUCAAGGAUAGUGAAACGGCAAUUGCCUCGCUCCAGAGCUCAAAGGAGUAUUUAGAGAAGCAGAUGGCUGAGGUGGAGAACAACUUGAGGGAGCUGUUGCAACAAGAUCCAGGUAUAGCUCGCCAGAUUAUGUCUAUGUCUGUAGCAUAGGGCAGGCAGGGUCUUCCCCCCUCUUGGAUGAUUUGACAUUAACUCAACUUUUUAAUUUUUAAUUUUUAAUGUUCACAUUCUUGGGUAAGAAAUUAUUUCGCUGGUUUAGUGUUGUGAGUUUUGAUUCCACCUGGUUAGCUUCUAUAAUUUCUGAUGCCCAAAACUUUGUUUCAUAUGCAUUUCAUACUCCUAAGUGCCGAACUCUGUCUUUGUGCUGUUUUUGUGGUUUUUAGUUUUGGUUAAAUUACAAA